GAACACACGAAGCCUUAACGGAGUCACAGGAGGUGAUUCGCCAAUUUUCGCUGUGGAUGCCCUUUAUGGUCAUCGUUGGUUCGUCGCCUCCGUACCGGUUCGUUGGUUCCAUGGUUCACGUGAUGGAUAUCAUUGCCAAGCAGCUUAAUUCAUGCUACGAAUUCGUGAUUCCUGACGAUUGGAUGUUUGGGACAAGACUCCCCAACGGGUCGUGGACGGGCAUUAUGGGGCAGCUGGCGAGAAGGGAGGUGGACAUGUCAGGUGUGACACUGUCCAACGACGCAGCUCGCAACGCCGCGAUAGACUUCAGCGAACCUCUUUACAUGGACACGCAGGUCCUCUCUUACAAACGCCCGGUUUUGGAAGCAGACAUCGCUGGAUUCAUCAAGCCGUAUGAUACGUUGAUGUGGAUCAUGCUGGCGGCCACCUUGUUGGUCGUGCUCGUGGCCAUCUUCGGUGUCCAUUUGAUAGAGAAUUCGUUGCCUUUCAAGCGUAACAACAAUGGCGAAAAACAGACUCCUAAGCUGGACACCGAGAGAAAAGCCCCUCAGCAGCAGAAGUGGGAGUCAGUGUGGUAUUCUUUCCAGUGGACAAUAGGCUCCACGCUGGCCCAAUCUAUCCCCUGGGUGCCCCGAGGAAACGCAAUCAGGGUAAUCGCCGGCCUGUGGCUCUUCUCCGCUCUCAUCAUCGCUUCCGUGUACCGCUCGAACCUCAAGGCCAUGUUAAUCCUUCCCAAACUGAGGCUGCCUUUUGAUAGCAUAGAGGAGCUGGUGGAGACCGACAUCCCUUGCAUUGUGCCGAAGGGGAGCAUGCUGUACCAGGCAGUUUUGUACGCGCCCCCAGGAUCUCUCCUCUCCCGCCUGAAGGAUCAGCUGGUCGACACCGUUGAUAAAGAUAAGGCAGUGAGGGACGUGCUGUUAGGAUUCAAUGCCGUCUUCAUCGGGCAAAGCAUCAUUGAGUUCGUGGCGCAUCAAACCUUUUCGCAGACGAGGACCUGCCCGCUGUACAUCGCUUCCCAGACCUUCUUCGGAGCAACGAGCCUGAGCAUCGGUUUCAAGAAGGGAUCGCCACUGAAAGCCAAAGUGGAUCCUAUCAUCCGCAAUCUGAAGGAGUUCGGAAUCCUCGACUACCUGGUGCGGAGGGAGACCAUAUACGCCAAGGAAUGUCUCCGGCAGGAAUCUCUCUUAGGCUCUGCGGAGUCCCUGAAACCUCUGAAACUCAAAGACUUCUACGGUGUCUUUUCUCUCUAUGCUUCAGGGACGUUCCUCGCUAGUGUUGUCUUCCUAGUGGAGCUGAUUCUUCAAAGGAAAAGGCAUACUUCAAAUCUUCCCUAAAUAAGAUACCAUCUAACGACGACGAUGACUCGGAAUACUGACUGAAAUACUGAGAAAAAAAAACCUGAUGUUGUAGUUAGUGGUAGCGUAUGUUCAGAAAUAUGUACACAAAUUGUAAUGGACAGUAGCGAUGGCGUGACCGAGAAAUAUAAGGGUUAUGUCAAGAGGCUUAUGUUAGGUGUUUUCACAGCCGUGGCCCUUCCCCCUUUCAGCACAUCUCCCUUCAUGUUACCCUGAAAUGGUUAUAAUGCUAUUGGGUUUAGAAACUUCUUUAGACAUUCAUGACUUAUUAUACAUUUCUUGCAUUUCAUAUUCAGUUUCGCAAUCUAAUAUUAUUUUAUAUAUAUUGUACUUGCAACUCACUCGCAUCCAUAUAAGUAUGGCCGAGGAAAUUGAGAGUGUCUUUACUUGUGUAUUAUAGUCUAUUCAAUCAUGAUACAUUAGGAGGCCCCACCCCCUUUCGUUAGCGCCAUACUGCGACCGAAUAUUCAGGCAGAUGUCUAAACUGACCUCACCGACUAAAGGUCUAAAUAAAUACAUAGUCCUCGACAUUCCUCUCUAUCUGUGUCUCCUUUCUCCCUGUAAUUUUAGAUCAUCCUCACUAUCUUAAAUGUGUAUAAAAGCAAUCACCUGCAAGUGACUCCUCACACGGGAUUCAUCUUGCACUAGAGGCACUCCCAUAAUAAAAUAAGACUCGUCUCCGUGCUGUUGCUCUUUAUAGCUGUAGAGAUUAUUCCAAGACACUCAGGUCUUGUGGAAAAGUAUCACUGAAAAAUAUGCAGCAGGCUAGUUAACAGGACUGCGUUACAUUUGAUAAAUUAUAUGAAAAUUUCAAUCAUAACUUGAGUAACAGUGUUUGCUUCUCAAGUUUACUGUUUGUCUUUGCAGAAUUACUUUUCGCAUGAACCACUUAUUACAUUAAAACCGACAUAAGUGGCCGGACAUUUUAAAUUACAGUUGAAAUUUCUUGUUCAGUUAGGUUACCGGAGGCGUAUAAGUUACCCGCCAAGGUUACCUCUGGCGCCUAACAGUUUCCCACUGACUUUAUUUUAUUUUUUCAUGUUGACUUUUUUCUGUUCUUUUCCUUUUUUUGCAAUUUUGUAAUCAUUGUAAUUUUGAAACUCUAUCAUCACUGAAGCAUUACUUUAUUAUCGAAAUGAUUUAACAGAUGUAACAAUGAGGAAUUAAUAAAACUGGUAAAAGCAUAUU